AUGAAACAUAGGCCUUUAUAUUUUUGCUUUCAGUCAGAGAAAGCAUCAGCCAAGGAUUUCUCAGCUAUAAGGAAUUUGUGGAAUACCUUGCAGUCCGACAAAGCGGUCACCAACAACUCCAACACAGAGGAAGAUGAGGACAGCUUAGCGGGGAGGAGGCAUUUAUCUAUGACCAUAAGUCAGACCCUCCGGACCAAGCAGCUGCUCAUAAACUUCCAAGGUGGUCAGCCAGUUCUGAGUCUCAGGCCGCCAUUGGAUCUCAUUAACUUCCCAACUAUCCCCCGCCCGCGUUGGCCCGUCGAGUGUGAGGUCACCGGCGACAUCAUUCAGCAUAUAGAGUGGGACCCCCCAGAGCCAGAGCCUUUUUAUCAGCCCACAAGAAAUGAAAAGACUUACAUGUCAGUCGGACAGGAGCUGGGACAGGUGGUCUAUUGCAGCGACCCUGCUACCAAAUGCCCCUAUUUCUCCGGUUCUCAUGCUGGAGGAAGCAAGGGGCUCAAAAAGAGCACCACAUCUCGUGUGAGUCACACAGACAGGACCCUUGAGUUUGAAUCACGCUUUGAGAGUGGGAACCUCCAGAAGGCUGUCCAAGUGGGUGUCUACGACUAUCAACUCACCCUGCGUACAGACAUGUACACCCUGAAGCACACACAGUGGUUUUACUUCAGGGUAAGGAACAUGAAGCCUGGAGUGACUUACCGCUUCACCAUCAUUAACCUGAUGAAGAGCAGCAGUCUGUACUCUUAUGGCAUGAGGCCUCUGCUGUACUCUGAGAGGGCUGCUAAGGAGAAAUGUGUCGGAUGGCAACGGGCAGGCUCCAACAUCAGAUAUUAUCGGAGCUAUGGUCAGAAUGUGAAUGAGAACAGUGACUCCAUCACCUUAUACUCCCUUACCUGGACCCUUGAGUUCCCGUACGACUCCGACACCUGCUACCUGGCCCACUGCUACCCCUACACCUAUUCCCACCUGCAGCGCUACCUCCGGCGGGUUUCUUCUAACCCAGCCGUGUCCUCUUUCUGUAAAGUGCGCAUUCUUUGCCGAAGCCUUGCUGGGAAUGCCGUCUAUGUGGUAACAAUAACUUCUAGGGGUGCGGGGAGGCAGGAGGCAAAGGACAAGAAGGCUGUGGUGGUGACAGCCCGGGUGCACCCCGGGGAAACCAACGGGUCCUGGAUGAUGGAGGGAUUCCUGGACUUUCUGCUUGGGGAUUCAGAUGAUGCACGUCUACUCAGGGAUAAUUUUGUUUUCAAGGUGGUGCCAAUGCUGAAUCCAGAUGGCGUGGUGGUGGGAAACUACCGCUGCUCCCUGGCAGGCAGGGACCUCAACAGGAACUACAAGACUCUGCUCAGGGAUUCCUUUCCGUGUGUGUGGCACACCCGGAACAUGGUGGAAAGACUGAAGGAUGAAAUGGACGUGGUUCUUUACUGUGAUUUUCAUGGCCACAACCGUAAAAACAACGCUUUCAUGUAUGGGUGUAACAACAGAGGGGACACGUCCAUAAAACUUCACGAGAGAGUCUUUCCAUUAAUGAUGAGCAAGAAUGCCAGUAAUAAGUUCUCCUUUAAGAGCUGUAAAUUCCGGGUCCAGAGGAACAAAGAGGGCACUGGUCGAAUUGUCAUGUGGAAAAUGGGCAUCAAAAACAGCUACACAAUGGAGGCCACCUUUGGGGGCUCCACUUUAGAUGAUAGAAAAGGAACCCAUUUUACCACUCGAGACCUGAAGUCCCUGGGUUAUUCCUUUUGUGACACCCUGCUGGACUUCUGUGACCCUGAUCCAGCAAAGGUCAGUUACUGUUUGACACAACUGACGGCCAUGUUGAAGAAGGAGAUCAGAGAAAGGAUCGGUAAAGAUGUGGACACUGACUGUCACAUCUCUGUGUCUGAUCUGGAAACCAGCACCAGCGGUUCAAACAGUUCAGAUUCAGAUGGGCUUCCAGUUCAUAUACUGCACCAGUCCCAAUCCGUCCCUCCAGAGGAAACUCCCCUGAAGAAGAAAAAGAAACGCUUGAAGAGUCGCAAAGAAAGGAACAGGUUGCAAAGAGAGAGAGAUAACGCACAGUCAAAGGACCCGCACAGUGACAAUGAUCUGAAAGACAGCAUCCAGAAGAAGUUUGUUGACAGAAGGAAGUGGGAGCUAAAUUGGCUAAGAAAGACGGGGGUCCUUCCUCCCACCACUAACACUGGUGAGGUCAGCCAGGUGACACUGUGGCAGGGCUGCAAGCCCGUCAAGAUGCUGCACUUGAGCGCCAUCCUUCCACCUCCAACGGAUUUCCUAGAUUCGAACGAGCGGUUGAGCCGCCAGCCAGUUUAUUCUGCCUUUAAAUUCAGCAGAGGUCAGUCUCAGAGGGUCUGCCAGUCUGCUGGGGCUUCCCUCAAACUGCAGCUCUUUUGUAGUGACAUUUAUCUUCCGAUUUCAGAGCUCCCACCUGCCAUCACUGCACCUUGCAGGCUGGAUGAGAAUGGCCUCGUUAAAGAGCUGAAAGAGGAUCAGCGGAAACUGCAGCAGGAUGCUCAGCAGCCAGAAACCAGCCAACUCUGGGACCUAUCUCAAACACGUUACACUCGUGUCAGUCGGUCCUACGCUCAGGACGUUUUUAAAUCCGCUGUGUCUUUGGGCCUAUCUGAAGAGUCUCACCUUUUCCUGGAGGUUCCCGGCGUAGCCGAGGUAGAGUCUGAUGGCCUCAAUCAGAGUCAUCAGCAGAAGAACAGUCACAAGGAUGAACUUGUAGUAGUCUGGUAA